CACUACCUCCAACCUAAAACCUCUGCGCUUGUUGAGUUCCGCUUAUCUCCCCUGUCCCGCGGCCGCCAUUCUCUCCAUCUACAUCUCCACCCCUCAUCCCUCCGUCUCCUCCUCCAUACAACUCCCUUUGUCGGCAUUCAUUUGUUAACGCACCACCGUGUCUGCUCUCAACUGUAACCGUCGCGUUACAAAACAACAUAUAGCUUUGUCCUUAGCAACACUAAUAAUGGCUAAAGUUUGGCUAGGAAUGCCAGGACCAUGGGCCAACGAUCAUCGCGAACCAUCCGAUCCUUUUACAACCAAAAUCGGAGGCCUCCCGGAUUGGCCUAUUCCAAUAGACACCAUCAAUUCGGAUUUGCUUCGAUGUGCUACAUGUGACAAUAAUCUAUCACUUGUUGCACAAGUUUAUGCUCCUGUAUCUCAUCAUCAGCAUCGCGUUCUUUUCAUCUUCGGUUGCGUUUCGCCCAAAUGCGCAACCUCUUGGCGAGUUCUUCGGCUUCAGAAAAUUGAAAUUGCUGACAUUGAUACCUCUCAAGAUAAACAACAAACCGAAGUUGAAGGUCUCAAUUCGGAAGACGAUGAAGACGGAAGUGAAGAUGAUAUGAGUUUUGAAGAACUGGCCAAUGCACUCAUUCAAGCUGGAAAUUUGGCUUCUUCCAAUUCUAAAUCUAAGAGCAAGAAUCAGCGGAAAAAGAGCCAGCAGCACAAUUUCUCUACAACACCUUCACUUCAUAAUCAUAAUGACAGUGAUAAUGAUAAUGAUAUUCCAGCGGUGCCUUGCUUUUAUAUAUACACACAGGAAGAGAAAUCUACUGGGGAUCUUAGUUCUGUAUGUUCUAGCUAUUCAUCACUUUCUAUUAAGGGAAAUGGAAAUUCUGCUGAGGAUGAUUUACAAGGUGAAGAGACAUGGGAAAAGGAAAAGUAUGAAUAUGAUAAAGCUUUGACUGCUGAUAGAACUUACCUCAAGUUCAAGAAACGGCUGGAUGCUUAUCCUGAGCAGUGUUUCAGAUACUCGUAUGGUGGCAAACCCAUCUUAGCUGUAGCCGGUGAAAUAAACGCUGGAAGUUGCAGGCUUUGUGGAAGACCAAGGAAAUUUGAGAUGCAACUAAUGUCCCCAUUACUAUACUUUUUACAGGAAGCACUUGAUGAUAACCAAAGGCAAAUGGUUGAAAACUGGGAUUGGAUGACCUUGCUUGUAUAUACUUGUUCUGAGAGUUGUUUCGAAGAGAUCAAACAAGUGAAGUCCAAUUGCAAUGGCUGGAUCAUAGCAGAGGAAGCUGUUGUAGCUCAAUGUGAGGAGUCUAUGCCCAUUCAACCGGGCUAUUUCUCAUGAUCAUUGGUGUUGAUGUAAAGAAUUCAAUACCUUUCAUGCAUAGUAAAUGUGUGACAUUCGAGAGCGUAAUAUUUAAUUUUGAAAAAAAUUGUAGGUAAAUCAAAGAAAAUGAAUUGAGAAAAGUGCCUGUAGUAUUGUGAUAGUAUUCUACAAUAAAAUUUUUAUGAGGUAACUUUAUUGCUUUA